CCACAAACCACCGCAACAAUGGCCGACGAGCAACCCGCAACCCAGCCCCCGGCUGCCGAGACCAAGGACCUGCACACGGAUCCCGUCACCGGCGAGAAGAUCUCCAAGAGCGAGCUCAAGCGCCGCCAGAAGCAGCGCGAAAAGGACGAGAAGAAGAAGGAAAAGGAAGCGUCGCUACCAGCCCGCCCCAAGAAGGAGAAGAAGGAUGAUGUUGAAGAAUUGAACCCAAAUCAAUACUUUGAGAUUCGAUCCAAGAAGAUUGCCGCGCUCCAGGCAUCCCAGGACCCCAACCCUUACCCGCACAAGUUCCACACCAACUACAGGAUCGCCGACUAUGUGCGCGACUACUCACAUCUCAAGAAGGGCGAGACGCUGCCCGAAAAGGAGAUUCGCAUGGGUCUCCGUGUCAUGACGCAGCGAUCUGCUUCCAAUGCGCUCCACUUCUACGUUUGCAAGGCAGAGGGUGUCACCAUCCAGGUCAUGUGCCAAUUGCAGGAGUCCAAGGCCGACGUGCCCUUUGAGAAGCAGCACGAGAACAUUCAGCGCGGAGACAUUAUUGGUGUCAUUGGCUUCCCCGGCCGCACAAGUCCCAAGAAGGGUGGCGAGGGUGAACUUAGUAUCUUUGCCCGCGAAGUCAUCCUCCUCACACCCUGCCUGAGGAUGUUGCCAACAGAGCACUUUGGUUACAAGGACCAGGAGCAGCGUCACCGAAACCGAUACCUCGAUCUCAUCAUGAACGACUCAACGCGCAACACCUUCAUCGCGCGUACCAAGAUCAUCAAGGCUGUUCGCAGGUAUCUCGAUGAGCGCGACUUCUUGGAAGUGCAGACGCCCAUGAUGAACAAGAUUGCCGGAGGCGCAACAGCGCGACCAUUCAAGACGUACCACAACGAACUCGACAUGGAGCUGUACAUGCGCAUUGCUCCUGAACUAUACCUCAAGGAGCUGGUUGUCGGAGGCCUGGAGAGAGUAUACGAAAUCGGCCGUCAAUUCAGAAACGAGGGCAUUGACCUCACACACAACCCCGAGUUUACCACGUGCGAAUUCUAUAUGGCAUACGCAGACUACAACGACCUCAUGGACAUGACCGAGGAGCUUGUCAGCGAGAUGGUCAAGGAGGUCACUGGCAGCUACGAGACAACUUACCACACCCAGACAGGCGAGGUCUACAACGUCAACUGGGCAAGGCCAUGGAGGCGAGUCAACAUGAUUCCCGCGCUUGAGGAGGCUACCGGCGAGAAGUUCCCACCAGCGACCGAGCUGCACACGGCCGAGACCAACGAGUUCCUCAAGAGGGUGCUCAAGAAGGUCAAUGUCGACUGCUCAGAGCCCCGCACCAACUCAAGAAUGAUUGACAAGUUGGUUGGCGAGUUCAUCGAAGAGACUGCUGUCAACCCAACCUUUAUCGUGGGCCAUCCUGAGGUCAUGUCACCGCUCGCCAAAACCCACCGAGACAUUCCCGGUCUCUGCGAACGUUUCGAGGCCUUUGUCUGCAAGAAGGAGAUUGCCAACGCUUACACCGAGUUGAACAUGUCAGAAGUACAGCGUCAGCGUUUUGCCGAGCAAGCAAACCAGAAGGCGCAAGGUGACGACGAGGCACAGCUCAUCGACGAGACCUUUUGCCAGGCACUCGAGUACGGUCUGCCGCCCACUGGUGGUUGGGGAAUGGGCAUCGACCGUAUCGUCAUGUUCUUGACGGACCACUACUCCAUCAAGGAGGUCCUGACCUUCCCUUUUAUGAAGGACGUUGUCGAGGACAAGAAGACGGCGGCUGAGGUUGCUGACGGCACCGGCAAGCCUGUCGAGGGAAUUCCACACAAAUAGUUUCAGCGUAGCAUUUCUGGCGUAUGGUAGGAAAAUGGCAUGAACAUGGUAUGAACAUGAGUGAUGUAACCUGCAUGGUCGGGCAGGAUAUGAUGAAUAGAAUUGGAUCAUGUGCAAAACGGAUUCUAGUUCUGAC